AUGCAGGCACGCACCAGAGCCAAUGCUCCCGUACAGCCGCUAGCCGUAUCUGCGACCCCCUUGAUCGGCGAGAAAAUCUUAAAAUCCCGCUGGUCUGACGAGGAGGGCAACCAUGGUCAACGCUCCAGCCUCCUCCCCUCCCCGCUCGCCCGCAAACCCACCCAAAAAUCCACCCUCAGCCUCCGCUCCGCCUCCAGCACCUUCAACAGACCCGACGCCCCUUCCUCCCGCCCCGCCUCUGCCCGCACCCCUCGGCCAAUCCAGGCGCCCGAUCCUAUCAUUACCAUUUCCGCCGCGUCAAACACGAACAACACCACCCUUGACAGCGACAACCACUUCACCCCCAGCAGCCCACAUCCCGCACCCCUCCCGACAGACCCCGCAGACACCUCUCUCGACGACGGCGACGACCUCGACUACGUCAACGUCGAACACCCUGGCCCCGACUCCAACGCCGCCGUCAUCUCUCGCCCCGACAAGGCCGCACGCGUCCUCGGCAUCAGGCACCGCAAGGAAAUGGAACCCAUCCCUGCCUCAAAUCGUGCCUCCCUAGCCUCUGCCCGCUCCGCGCCCCCCGUCACCGUCACCGCGCCCCCUCCCGCAACCGGCCCCACCCUUCCCCUCGCCUCCCUCUACGUCGUCUCUGGCCUUCCAAAGAGCCCACACACUUGGACCCUCGCCGACCCCGACUCCGUCAUGGGCCUCCACCACGCAGACGGCGCCGUGGGCAGGUGGUGGAGACCAGAGGUCCUCGGUAGCACCGUCAGCCCUGGCGCAGGCGGCGGCAGCGGCAAGCGCAAGAAAAAGGGCAAGGGCGAGGAGAGCACCACCGUCUUCAGCAGCUCCGGCCAUCUCAGCAAGCAGGAAGUCGGCAAGAUGCUCUCCAAAGCACUCAAGCUCUCCUUCCCUCGCGAGGUCGAGAUCAUCGCGUCUACCCUCCAGCCCGCCUCCACCGUCCACAGCUUCACGUUCACCCUCCCCGCACCCGCGACACCCCUUGCGCCCUCUCCUUCUACAGAUCUUCUCCGCGCCUCUGUCCUUUCUGCAAACACCGACCCCCACUCCUCCAUCGUCUCUUUCCCCUACUCGUACAACGACGACCCCUUCUCCCGCGGCCGCCCAUCCUCCGCCUUUCUCGGACCCCCCGUGGUCUCUCCGCACGCACACGGCAGCGGCCGCGGUUCCGAUCUUGGUGCCGGCGCAAAGACCGGCAACAACCAGAUCACGUACCACGGCGUCGUCCUCACCGUCUGGUCCCACGCCGACGCCGAGCGCACCGCCGCCAUCCGCAGGACGCUCGAGGCCAGUCGCGCCCGCAAGGAGAGCGCACAGAGCCUCGUCACCGCGCGCAUGAAAGGCCGCCGCCCGGGCUCCGACGCGGGCAGCGCCACAGAUCCCACACUCCAGGCAAGACGGCGCGCGCGCGUGAGCUCCCGCGGCCCUUGGGGCACCGGCGGCGGAACGGACGUGGAGACGGACGGUGACGGUGAGACGGACGGUGAGGGCGGGGCCAUCAGCGAGAGUGAUUUCGAUGUCGCGAGCACCAUCGGCCACGGCCCCGGCGAGAGCACCCUGUUCUUGCCUGGCGACGCCGUGUUUUGGCUGCCGUAUGCGUUGACCCUCGUCUCGCGCUAUCCCAUCUACGAUCUGAUGCGCGACUACCUGACGCUCUCGUGGGCGCGCUUCUCCAAGGAUGUGCAGUCGCACACGCUGCAGAUCAGCAAGAUCUUGUCGCACCCCGCGCCCCGGCCGGGGGAGCUCGUGCGGCUGGACGCGUCUUCGGCCCCGGCCUCGAACAGUAGCUCUGCUGUAGAGACGAGCCUGGAAGUCGUCGCGCGGUUCCCGGGCGGGCUGGACUUUGGACGCGGCCUCGUCGACGUCAACUUUACGAUGUGGCCGCUGUUCAAAUGCUUGAACAUCGACAACAUCCUGACUAUAUGCGAGAUCGCUCUUGCGCCGACAGGAAGGAUUCUCUUCUUCUCCCGCCACCCGGCGAUCCUGGGCAUUGCCGUGCACACCAUCAGGUAUCUUGUCGAGCUGCGCGGCUGGAGCGGUGUCGCCCUCUCCACCGUGCACUCUCGUGACGCAAAGAUUUACAUAGACGAUCCUGGCCCGUGGAUCAUGGGUCUCGCCACCGAGGCCCGGUAUUGCGUGCGCCCUCCUGCGGAGGUGUGCGUCGUUGACUUGGACAUCAACUAUUUAAAUUGUUCUGCGCCGCCGCCUGGCGUUGUUUCGGUAAAGCAGCAACGCGAAAAGUACCGGCAACGGCUGCUCGCUGCGUUUGAGCCCCACUACCAUCCCGACCACUGCGUACCCAGCGAGUUCAAGGAGGCGUUCCCCGCCGGCCGAUUCAGGCCUGUCUGCAAGAUCCAAGCCAAGAGGGGCGCUGCCUCGACUGCCGUCGCUGACAUGGUGAAACCACCAGAGUGGUGGCAUUCGACGCGCAUCAUCCAGGCGUUCGACAACGUCCUGGCGGACAAGAUGAAGAAGCCGUCCCUCCUCAAGCGGAUCAGCUCGUUCGGAUCCGUGCGGCCCCUGCCAAGGCUGACGGUCGCGGAGCAGCACAUCCAGCUGUCCAUCCGCAAGCGGGCCACCGCGUUCGUCGACGCCCGCGACGACCUGGAAACAAAAAUCGGCCGCCUCUCGCGCCGCCUCAACUUCCUCAUGACCGAGUCGGACCUGUGGCGGGACAAGUUCGUCACGUUCGAGCAGUAUGCGGAGAAGCUGAGCGUGGAGGCCGGCGAGCUCCGGGCCAAGAUCAACAAGGAGCAGAAGGAGACCAAGAGGCUGUCGAGCAUGAUCACGAUGACCGCGGCCGAGAAGGCGAAGCUCCAGAACCAGUUGAGGGAGACCGAGGACGCGCACCGGACCGCGCUGGCGGAGCUGACCAACAUGAAGGACACGAUGGAGAGGAUGGAAGAGGAGCGCGCGGAGAUGAUCGCCGAGGUGGAGGCGCAGAUCGAGCGCGCCCUCGCGUCGAUGGCGGUGGACAUGGACGAGUCCGACUACGGCUCGCGUCCGAGCAGCCGCAUGUCCUCCAGGUCCGCGCCCAGCACGUACCGCCGGCCCAGCGAGCGUUCGCGCGGGCUGCGCUCGUUCAGCACCGAGUCGACCUUGGCAGAGUCGUAUGAAGGCGACGGGCGGGAGGAGCCGCAGACGAAGAGGACGACCGGGACCGUUCCCGAGGCAGACGAGGAGGACGAGACGCGUCUCGGUAAGAAGAAGCGCUUCUCUGCUGACUGGACGGACGGGCCGCAGGACAUGUCGGCCGUGGACGAGGGCAUCAGCCAAAAGAGCGACAGGAUCACGCAGAAGGUCCUGCAGAUCCAGCGCAAGCUCGAGUCCGCCCUGGCCGCAGAUGCCCAGCGCCGCUCGCUCGAGGGCCAGCUGAGCGAGAGCGACCUGUCAGAGUCCAAUCGCGCGCUCCGCUCCCGCCUCGCCAAGGGCGGCAAGGCGUCCGGCAAGCACUCGCGAGGGGGAAGCAAGAGGAGCUUCACGCUGUCCCCGCCCCGGACGGGCAGCAGCACGCCCGGCUUCGACGCCGCCGCUGCUGCUGCUGCUGCUGUCGUUUCCGAUGCGUCCCCCACCUCGGCGACGUCCCACGAGGGGAGCAAGACCGAGUCGAUAAAGACGAUCAUCCCGGACGCCCGCUCCGCGGCCACGCAGGACACGCAGCCGUUCGACCUCGCCGGGCUCCGCAAGAUCCCCUCGGCCGUGUCGCUGAGCGCGACGGGGGCAGAGUCCCCGAGCCAGGCCACGCCCACGACCCCCUCGCUGUCCUUCGGCCCCACGGUCACGACAGACGACGAGGAGACGGACUUCCAGAGCGCGUACUCCACGAGCCCGCGCGGCAGCUACGGCAGCUUCGAGAACGUCACCGCGACGUUUGGCGUUCCCGGCAGCGAGCAGGGCACCCCCACGUCGGCCAGCAGGGGGCAGCACCACGCGUUCCACGAGCCGGUGUUCAAGGGGCGGGACCGCGUCUCCAGCACGAGCACCGCGACCGCCGCCGAUCGCGGGAUCAGGACGAGCGAGGACACCGUCAUCACCGCUCGCGCGACCGUGCUGGGCAGCGUGUGA